AUGGUGUCGAUCGUCAACGCCAAGGCGGACGUCCUUCGUUCGGCGGCUGCUUUAGCAGCGAACUGCAACGCUGCGAAGGGUCUGCAGGAAGUCGUCAAAACCAACUUCGGGCCUCAUGGCACUCUCAAGAUGCUCGUCGGCGGCGCCGGACAGAUCAAGAUAACGAAGGACGGAUGCGUGCUCCUGCACGAAAUGCAGAUCCAACACCCGACAGCGUCGAUGAUUGCGAGAGCUGCCACUGCCCAAGACGAAAGCACUGGAGAUGGGACGACCAGCAGCGUCCUUCUCAUUGGCGAAAUCCUCAGACAAUCCGAAAGACUCGUCUUCGAAGGCGUGCACCCGCGACUGCUCUGCAAGGGCUUCGACAAGGCGCGGUCCAAGUGUCUCGAAGUUCUCGACCAACUGAAAGUUCCCGUCCCGUUCUCGCCGCUGCCCGACCGGGAACUCUUGCACAGCGUCGCGCGGACUUCUCUGCGAACGAAACUGACGGCUGGCUUGGCGGAAAAACUGACGCCUGACGUAGUGGACGCUGUUUGUCUCAUCGCGAAGCCUGACGAGUCUCCCCUGGACCUAUUCAUGAUCGAAAUUCUCCACAUGCGCCGCGGCCUCGCGAGCGAGACGAAACUCAUCAAGGGUAUGGUGAUGGAUCACGGCGCUCGACACCCGGACAUGCCGACGAGCCUGAAGAAGUGCUACAUUCUCACAUGCAAUGUCUCUCUCGAGUACGAGAAGUCGGAAGUGAACUCGGGAUUCUUUUACUCCUCGGCAGAGGAACGGGAGAAGAUGGUUGAGGCCGAGAGAAGAUUCACAGACGAGAAAGUCAAGAAAAUCAUCGAACUCAAGCGAAAGGUUUGCACGCCAGAGAACGGCCGAACGUUCGUCGUCUUGAACCAGAAAGGCAUCGAUCCACCUUCCCUGGACCUCUUCGCAAAGGAUGGCAUCCUCGCGCUUCGCAGGGUGAAAAGACGCAACAUGGAGAGACUGUCUCUCUGCUGCGGAGGCAAUCCAGUGAACAGCGUGGACGAUUUGACGGAAGACGACCUCGGCUAUGCAGAGCACGUCUACGAACAGACUCUCGGAGAAGAAAAAUACACAUUUGUCGAUGGAGUGAAGAAUCCCCAGUCCUGCUGCAUUCUCAUCAAGGGACCGAACGAUCACACCAUUGCACAGAUCAAGGAUGCACUCAGAGACGGCCUCCGAGCGGUGAAGAAUGUUUUCGACGAUCGCGCCGUCGUUCCGGGUGCCGGGGCGUACGAGAUUGCUGCCUUCUCCGCCCUGCAGGAUUACAAGAAGGAAGUUCCGGGAAAAGAGAAGCUGGCUAUCGAAGCCUUUGCGCAGGCGAUGUUGUCCAUACCCAAGACGCUGGCAGAGAACAGCGGCAUCGACGCGCAGGAAUCCGUUUUGUCUCUGAUCGACGAAUACGAGAAGAAGAGACAACCGUUGGGUCUCAACCUUACCACUGGCGAGGCUCUCUCGCCCUCUGUCGAAGGAAUUUGGGAUAACUACCUGGUGAAGAAGCAAAUGCUUUCGAUCGCUCCGACUCUGGCGCAGCAGUUGCUGCUGGUCGACGAAGUGCUGAAGGCUGGGAAGUCCAUGUCUCGUGGCGCGUGA